UCGCCCACGGGAAGGAAAACCGCACGCGGCCGUGCCUGGGUGUGUGCGUGUGUCUGUAAAUGUGCCGAAGUGUGGACGCGGAAAAACAAGCGUGCGAAUGUGUGUUUAGUUCGUGUAUGUCCCCGAACCGGAUGUCCGUUACGCAUCCUUUUUGGCUUUGCCCUUCCGUUCUGUUCGAUCUUCGCCAUUAAACAUAUAUGUACCUCAAUAUAUAUAUUGACACACAAAACAUACACUAAUGCGCUGCCGCUAAAACGACGAGAUCUAGUUGCGGUAAAGGAAAAGAAAAAAAAAAAACAAUCGUAGUGCAGUUACAAAAAAGAAACUGAAAAGAAAUAGAGUGGGAACAAUUUUGUUUUAAAUUUAACGUUAGAUGUGUUAAUGCGUAAAACGGUGUUUGCUUAAGUUUUACCACCCAUCAGUCCAACAUCCAUAAUUGAAGACGUCUCGGUAGUGUCAGCUAAAUUCAGUCGCAUCAAAUUGCGGUUCUCUCGUUGCGUUACUAACGUAACAUUAACAUCACGCACACUCACGAUCAGUCGAGCGAUCGACGAAAGGGCAUUUCCCUAUUUUGACAUUCUGUGCCUCAAGCUGCAGUUUUCGCACGCGAGUUACUAAGGUGCGUGUGCCUACUAAACGCGAGUGCGUUACAAAGCGUUACGCAGUGCCGGUGUUUGCGAUCGUUAGCUUUUAAGUAUACUGUGUACAUGGCCACGAUGUAGAUGCUAGCAGUGACACCUGAGGGGCGAACAAAAAUCUACCAAUUUGAAGUUUACAACUUUAAUCUGUUAAGCUGUAGAUCGUGCUGAACUUCCGUUCAUUUUGUGAAGGUAAAAUUUGGAACGUAAAACAAGAUUUUACUACACACGAUCGUCAAUUGGACAGCUCGAAAAAUCAUAAGCUUUUGCGUUGAUUUACGCGAAUGGCGACGGUCAUAUCACUGUUGAGCAAUCCAUGCAACAGUCCCUUCGAUCAACAGCAUAGUCAUCACCAUCAUCACCAUCAUCCGCCACAGCUACUCUUUCCCGCGUACGGACAGGGACCGGAAACGCUACAGCAACGGUACAGCGGAACCGGCGGCGGUGGGCGAACCCGUAACGACGUAACGCACCACCAUCAGCAACAGCUGGACGCGUUAGAUUUUCAUCUGUUGAGCCGCACGCUCGAGGAAGAGUUCGAACAAAUGGAAUACUCCGGAAGUUCCGGUCCCUACCAGUACCAACAGCAGCACGAUCAGCAGCAGCCACCGCAACAACCGGCCCGGCGUCAGGGACAGCAGGAUUUCGAGCAGAUUUCUCCCGGCUACAAUCUGGACAACGAGGACACGUACAGUGGAUCGCCGAACAACUUCCAGGAUUACCAGAAUAACUUUGUCGAUUCGCCGCCCGAUUCGAAGGAACCGUGGCCGAUCGACUACAACAAGAUGCACACCACGAUCGCUACGAGCAGUGGUGCCAACGAUACGACGAACGCGUCGACGACCGUAACGGCAGUCGCCGUCGCUACAGGAGCGGCUGGAGCUGUUGCUCCAGUAACAUCUCAACAGCAGCAGCAACAACAGCAGCAGCCGCAGCAACAGGACAAUGGCGGCAUGUACAUGAACAACGCCAUACUGCCCAGCCGGAAGCGUCGGAUGGAAUGGAUGUCACCCCAGGAGGAGGACACCGAUGGAACCGAGACGAAGAUCGCCAACAUCGAUAAGGAGCGUGACGCACGUCGCAAGGGAAGUAUGCGAUGGGCAGAUGAUCUUGAUUUGGACCUCAGUAACGAGCUGUCCAGUAACGGAUAUAUUAGUGACUCACUGUUGAAUUUUCCAGUGUUCAAACAAGAACUACCAUCACCUCCACAGAAGCCUCCACAACCUCAACAGCAGCAACAACACUCACAGUCUGCUCAUCAACAGCAGCAGCAUCAGCUCCACCAACAGCAAUCGCUGCAUCAGCAAGCAGCAAGUUCUCAGGAUCAUUCGCAGCAAACGCAACACCACGCACCUUCCAGUUUGCAACAAUCGUUAGGUGGUGGUGUCAAUAAUCCUACCAACAGUGGAAAUGGUGCAAACACUCACCAACAGCAGCAACAACAACAGGUGGUUCAGUAUCAUCAGCAACAGCAGGGUCAAAGCUCUAUGAACGGUGCUGGACAGAGUUUGAUGAGUAGCAGCGAUCAUCACGGAACGCCUAUCGGUGCCGGGUUGAGCAAUCUUCAGAGCUUCCUGCAAAGCAACCGAUUGGAAAAUGAUCCUACCGGUGGAGGCAUUUUGCAGCUGCAACAGGAUGGUGCGCUAUCAACGGUACGCAGUGACAAAACACACGACGAUCACAAUCGGUUCCAGUACGUGCUAGCAGCCGCGACCUCGAUAGCAACGAAAAACAACGAAGAAUCUCUCACCUACCUUAACCAGGGCCAGAGCUACGAGAUCAAGCUGAAGAAGCUUGGCGAUCUGUCCCCGUUCCGGGGUAAGAUUCUGAAGAGUAUUAUCAAGAUAUGCUUCCACGAGCGUCGGCUACAGUACAUGGAGCGGGAACAGAUGCAGCUGUGGCAAGCGUCCCGACCCGGGGAACGUAUUUUGGAUGUCGACAUUCCUCUUUCGUAUGGAUUGAUGCAGGUUCAGCCUACUAGCAGUAACUUGCUGAACACGAUCGAGGUGUUUUGGGACCCGAUGAAGGAGGUCGGCGUGUACGUAAAGGUGAACUGCAUUUCAACGGAAUUUACCCCCAAAAAGCACGGCGGCGAGAAGGGUGUCCCGUUCCGGAUACAGGUAGAAACGUACAUCGAUACUAAUGGGAUUCAUAAUGGCAACAGCAAUGGGGUGGCUGGUGGUAUAGACGAUAAAGACGGUAUUAGACCACUCCAUGCGGCGGCUUGUCAAAUAAAGGUGUUCAAAUUAAAAGGAGCCGAUCGUAAACACAAACAGGAUCGUGAGAAAAUACUCAAGCGUCCGGUCGCGGAGCAGGAGAAAUAUCAGCGCAGCUGUGACUGUACAAUACUGACGGAUAUUACGACCGAUUCAGUCAUUACGCCGCUCGGUGGCAACUUCAGUCCCGAUCACAUUAAGCGUAACGUGUCGCCGUUGUUGGCCGGUCCAAGCUCACCGGGGCAGCUGAACAAGUUCGAAAACAUUAUGUCGAGUGUGCUGUGUAACGGUGGUAACGUUGUUAGCCCCGGGGCAAACCCUACGACGACGACAACGACGGCAGCGGCCGCAAUGGUUGUUGCUGCUGCGGCAGCCGCUGCCGCCGCCGGUGUACAGAGCAAUCCGGUUGGGAUCAGUAACGUAAGCUCAACGAACGGACUCUGCAAAGCAUCGCCGCUGGGCGAUCAGCCGAUGGGUGGUGUGCUUUCUCCGCAGCAACCGAGCGAACUGGACGAUUACGUACCGACCAUUACGAAGGAAACGAGCCCGGGGACAUUGGCCCAAUGGUUGGCCGUCCACCGGUUGUCGGCGUACGCGAAAACAUUCGCACAGUUUUCCGGUUCGGAUCUGUUAAGAAUGUCCAAGGAGGAUCUUUGCAAAAUUUGUGGCCUUGCCGAUGGUAUACGGAUGUUUAACAUUCUCCAUUCGAAAGCCAUAACGCCACGUUUGACCAUCUACGUAAGCUUCCAAACUAACAUCUACCAUGCCAUCUAUCUGCACUCGAACACCAUCCCGGAGCUGGUGCAAAAUUUGUCGAAAAUUCCCGGCUUUCUAGAAGCAAUCAAUGCGCUCAAUACGCCCAACUCUACCACGUCCGAUGCGGCACUGUGGAGUGGCACAUUUGGUACACGUACUAGUGGGAAACAUCCCGGCGCCAAUGGUACCGGUUCCGGUGUGCAGCUAUCCGUACCAUCCCCUUCGUCACCAAUCUCGUCCUCAUCGGGCAUUGCAAAGUUGCAGCUGCUUAUUAAGGGCCCGAACGGCAUACAGGUGCUGCUGACGGAGGAUGUGCUGAACAAUAUCAAGGACGAGACACUGUUUCAGCUCGAGCUGAAACCAAACGGAAACAUACUGAUGAAAGCCGUCCACAGUGUAACGGGGACUGCAGGCGAUUGUUCGAUCGAUGACGAUGCGAACUGAGUGGUUUGCGUGUAUGUAAGAGAGAAUAUUGGAUAAGAGCUUUUUUUUUUGUUUGUUUAGUGAAGCGGACAACUUUACCCAUUAGCUGUAGAGUAACCUAUUUUUAAAGGUUAUCAUUUAGGUAUAUGUUUUUUUUUCUCUUCGUAUGCUAUAUUUUAAUCUGGAUCUACGUUCGGUUAAGUCGUUUACGGCAGCGCCUAGUGAUAGUGUGUAUGUAUGGUGCAAAAAGGUGAAUAGAGAGAAACAAGCCCUCUAGGAUUGGGAAAUGGAUGAUCAUAAAUCCGUAAGCAUGAUAUUGCUCGGUACUGCUGAAAAGGAAGAGGAAUAGACGGUGGUAAGCGCGAUCGUAGCGUUGCGGAUAGACACCACUCAGGGGUCGUGUACUGUAAUGAAUGUUUUAUUCAACUACUCAUUACGUCUUUCAUCCACUAUACCCAUCAUCCAGCGUGUGAUGUGGAUGUGAAGCAAAAGAUGAACAUAAGAUCUACGACUGGUUCGUACACUCAAAGCAUUUAGCACAGUGAGGAGUGGGAGUUGAAGAUACACUUGCGUUUGUGGUAUGUGGUAAAGUGCAAGAAACGUGAUCGAGUUAUAAUGCACCGAUAUUUGCACUGGUAGAAGAAUAUCGGAUGCGUUUGUUUUACAUACAACAAAAUCCAUAAACACUACAUUAGUACAAAGCAGCUUAGUUAGUCAGUAGUUUGGAUUAUUUUCUUUUUUUUGUCUAGAGUUGAAGGCGAUAACAUGCAGGUCCGGAACAUUUUUAACGUUAUGACACUAUUUGCUUAACUGUCGUUUUUAUGUACAUUAUAACUAAUUAUUGAAUCGUAAAAAAACACGUGUUUCGUGUACGAAACGUAAUAUCGUAUAAGUUAAAGAGCGCAACGAUCGUACAUGGUGUCAAUGAUCGUACAGGGCAAUGAAAAUGUUAAAAUGAUUUACCUAUUUUAUAGAGAAACAAAACGUUUAAAAAAAAACAAUCAGAAAAACAAACCAUUUUUGGUGUGGCUAUUUAGAGAAGAAAAAAAAGAUCUUUCACAACGUAAAGCUGGACAGUUUGCUUUUGCAAAUGAAAAGCGAAAAAAAUCGUUUGAACGCGUUCGAUCGAUGAAAAGCGGUGCCUUACAAUGCUACUAUUGUGCAAUUUUUGUAACAAAACAAAACACUUAUUCGUAGGGAAAGAAGUUGACAAAAUGAAACGACUAGGAAAUGUUCUGUAAAUAAAGAAUAUUGUUGUUUAUUGUAAA